AAUGGGUGUUAAACUAAGCUACACUCUGGGCAAGCAAGCGUCACGUUUAUUUAUUUAUUUAUUGACAUUUUGUAUUAAUUACAAAAAAUAAAUAAAUAAACUCGGACGUAGGAACCUGUGUUUAUAGAGAUUCUUUCCGGACGGUUCGUGUAGUGCGGUACACAAGUCGAUGUGUGUGGGUUACAGUGAUGCUGUAAAAUCGGGGUGCACCAAAAUGUUGAGUGACAUUCCUCGGGACGCCCUCCUCCGCCCUCUCACCCGGAACGAGGUGGUGGGGAUGUUGGUGAGACUGACCAUCUUUGGAGCUGCAACAUACUACAGCAUCAAAUGGGUGGUGGAGGCUUUUGACCCGACACAAAAACAAAAAAACCAGGCCAAGAAGAGGGCAGAGCAGUUGAUGAAGCAAAUAGGUGUAGAGGGCGUCAGUCUGACGGAGUAUGAAAUGAACAUUGCAACUCAUCUUGUCGAUCCACGCAGCAUCAAAGUGACCUGGAGAGAUGUUGCUGGACUAGAUGAGAUCAUCUCAGAGCUGCAAGACACUGUCAUCUUGCCUUUCCAGAAACGUCACCUCUUUUGUGGUUCCAAACUCUUGCAACCUCCCAAAGGUGUAUUAUUGUAUGGGCCACCAGGAUGUGGAAAGACUUUAAUUGCAAAAGCAACAGCGAAAGCAUCUGGAUGCCGCUUUAUUAAUCUCCAGGCCUCCACUUUGACUGACAAGUGGUAUGGCGAAUCGCAGAAGCUGACUGCUGCUGUAUUCUCUAUGGCUGUCAAAAUUCAGCCCUGUAUCAUUUUCAUUGAUGAAAUAGAUUCAUUCUUGAGGAAUCGUUCCAGUAUGGACCAUGAGGCCACCGCUAUGAUGAAAGCCCAGUUUAUGAGUCUGUGGGAUGGACUAGACACAAACGCAAGCAGCCAGGUAAUGGUGAUGGGGGCCACAAACAGACCACAGGAUGUGGAUGCAGCAAUACUGCGCAGAAUGCCCACGACCUUUCAUGUAGGCCUGCCUAAUGCAGCUCAAAGAGAAGAAAUCCUUAGACUUAUUCUGUCUGGAGAAAAUUUAAGUAACGCAAUUAACCUGAAGGAAAUAGCGGAUCAAACCGAGGGCUACUCCGGCAGUGAUCUGAAAGAGCUUUGCAGGGACGCUGCCAUGUACCGUGUUAGAGACUAUGUCCGCAAACAGCAAAUGAAACAGAUCGCACAACAGCUCCAGCUGGAUGAAGAAGAGCAUGUGAACAGCACGCAGCUGAGGCCCGUGACUCAACUGGACCUGCUGUUUGGCCUAGAUAAGAUGAGAGAGUCCAAACAGGCCACAGCUACAGCUGACCCAGCAAAUCUGAGAGAGGUGCCUCUGGACUGAAAACCUCUCACUUUACACGCUCAUACACUCAUUUUAUCCCUCUCACUUCUUUCUUUCUGCCUCAUCUAUUUCCUUUUGAAAUUAUUUUUCUUAGUCUUUCACAUUUGUUACAUCUUAAACAUUAUAUGUUUGCACAUUUACAAUCAGAUACUCAAGACAGUAACCUGGUGCAUAUUUAUAAUAACAGUCAUCAUUAAUAGUAUACACACUAAAUGGAGUUUCAUUAUUCUUGAGCAUUUUAACUUGUUUAAAUUAUUUCUGUUAUGAUCAACUGUUGUUUGCAUAUUGUGUAGAAGCAGAUGUUCACUUUUUUGGAUAUGAUGGAGAGGAAUAUGAACUUUCUUAUAUCUAUAAAUGUUUUAGUAAUCAGGACCAGGUUUCCUGAAACACUGA